CGCUGGACGCGGCGACGGUCAGUGCGCGCUCGCGACGCUUGGGCUUGAUCCUCGAAGCCAGGUGGCGGGCGACCGUGCGUGCCUCGUGAGUCGACUGUCGGCGGAGACGAGUGGAGAGUGAUUGUGCGUACCUGAGGAGGCGAGCGGAGUGCAAGCGCACCGCGUGGUGUAGCGCGCCGAGGGCACCGCGGGCAUGCAGCGUGCAGGGUCGGCGCGGAGGGCCGCGAUGCUGGCGACGCUGCUGCUGAUCAGCGCCACCGCACCAGGUAUGAACACUUACUUGACGUGUUGCGUUGCUUGCCGUGUUUUGUGCAGCUAUUCUGAUCUGCUGUUGUGGCCUUCGGUAGGAGCAAUUAACACUUCUGUGCAGCCUCGUUUUGGUAUGCAUGUCUGUGGAGAAGCCAAAUUCUGCUGUCGCCAAGAAGCAACAGAGUGAGCUGAGUCAACCUCUGCGGGUCUUCGAGAUCCAGAGACUUCCUUCGAAUUUCUGGAGAGAAGCCACAUGUGACAACCCAAGAAAAAUAUAAAAAUAUUUUACGCUAGAGUAUUAUUUUUGAGAGAUUUCUGCUAUUAAUACUUUAUACGUGAAGUUGCUUUGUCUAUUUUGUAAAUGUUAAUAUCAUUUUUAAGAAACAAUAAUACCUAAAUGUAUAGAUGCGCAUUU